AUGUCUUUCCAUUCGAAAUUUCGUAACAUUUUAUUACUUUCUUCCCUUGUGCCACUCCUUGCGAGUGCCGUUGCAGAACAAAAUGGUAAUCAGAAGCGACAAGUUGCGGAAGCCGAAUUUACUUACUGGCUGCACGAAACCUGCAUGGGCCGUAUAGAAGAUUCUGUGGCAGAGGCUAUAGAAAUGGCAUCCAGAGCCGCCGCUAGGCUUCAAGACGGAGAGGAUACGCUGGCAGCCCGCUACUACGAGCUUCUAUACAAAGCCCCUAGGCAACUUUCUGGAGAUCCGAACGACCCGAUCAUGCAAGAUGAGCUUGACAUUACAAACACCCUUCAAAUAAUAUCUCAAGCUACAUCUGUCGAUGAACGAGAAGAAGCAAACGUUCGUUUUUACUGUGAUAACGACGGAACGCCUGGAGCUACAGGUGCUCGUUGGCAAAAAGUACCAGAUAACAUGAGCCUUCCAGCUAGAUAUCGCAACUCGAGAAGGCAGGAUAAUAUUGAAUGGCAAGAUGUGGUAAAUCAUAUACGGGCCGAAUUGACAUUUGAGACAUGUGGCGGGGGCAUGCAAGGCCAUACUGAGGGUUUUAAACAUCAGCCCAGGAGCAAUGAAAACGAUUGGCCAAAUGAGGCAGAGAUGAGAUUUGUUAUCACCAUUUGUAACCUCCAGUUGAACGCAGGAACAGAUCGGCCCAACUAUGCACGUAUCGCCGAUCUCCCUGAUGCCAAUUUUGCCGCACUGCCAGAUCACAUGGAUGCAUUCGGUGCAGUGACGAGCAUGGUAAUUCUCCACGAGCUUUCGCAUGCCAUUAAGCGGGAGGAUCAUGUGUACUUUUGGAGCCCGUCAACUCGCUUAAGUAGAGAGAAAGCUGUGUACAAUGCUGAUAGCAUGGCUUUCUUUGGCGUCCUAUCAAAACUUGCUGAUUUGCAGUGGCGGAUCUCUGACGUUCCAGCUGAUGCAGCGGUAGGAAUUUUAGUGAGGGAUUUCAGUCUUGUGCCUCCAAAUCCACGCAAGCUUUCAGCAGGAGAGCUUCCGAAGAGGAAUUCGGGAUGCGUAGGCAACAAAGCAAUGGUGCAUGGAGAAGAUUGUCGGGUAUUUGACAGGAAGGAGAUCGGGGCUUGA